AUGGCUAUAAAUGUAAUUACUGGUCUUGCAGUAGUUUUUGGUGUCUUAUGGAAUAAUCACGAAGCGAGCAUUGCUCUUGCGAAUCCUGCGAGUUUACUUUCUCCUGAAGACUACGACUUUCGAAUAGAUGCUCAGGGAAAGCUGAUUGGCGCUCCCAAAAGGGCAUCAAUAAGUAUAAUUUGCAUUUCUUGGAAUGGAUUAUUCAGCAAUAUUGUGAAAUUUAAUAAGCUUCAAGUAACGCCUAUAAAAGCGAAUGCGAUGUUCUUCAGUGAAAUUUCUGAGUUCUUUCACAAUGGGUUUGUUAAUGGAACGAUCAACUUCGCACAGGCAAAUUAUCCAUCCAAUCCUGCGACAAUGGUAAAUAUAAACCUAACUUUUCCGAAAGUGGUGCAUGAUCGGAUCUAUCGGAUUGAUAUUUUAUACAGUGGUUAUUUGACGCCCGAAUACUGUACAAAUGCUAAGCGAUAUAAAGAGUUCCAUUAUUUCAAGAUGGCGGCAGGAAACGCUUACUAUUCAAAAACUUUUAAGACGCGUAAUAUCAAUAUCAUUGACGAGAAUCGCAGCAUAAUUGGACGUACAGCUCGUAUAUCAGCAAUUCGUCAGAAUUUGUCGCUCAAAAAUACUCAUUGCACUAUUAUCGGUCGAUUAGAUGAUGAAGUUUCCAUCGAUAAGGACGAUACGCUUAAGCAACUCGCAUUACAGUUCAAUCCUGGAUCAGUUAAUCGACGAAUAGUGCCAAUCUUAAUUCCUAAAUCUGCUUUUAUCCCCAUUCAAUAG